GAGCUCCAAAACCUGGUGGUCCCGUUGCCCUCUGCUCCAGUGGUGCCUGCGGCCUCGAAGGUCCACUUCUUGCAGGGCAAGCCAUCUGGGUUACCAGGGCGUGACAGGGCGUGUUCUUUCGUCUACAGCCCGCGCUUGUGCCCUGGCUGGUUCUUGCAGCUCACUUGGCUCGAUCCUCAUAUCAAGGGCUCGCCAAGCUUCACACACAUUCGAUGUAGCAGAGCCAAUCUGAAAGAACCCUCUGAAAGAACCAAAAAAGAGAAUCUGCCGAUGGACUCUUCCGGCGAUGCGCCAGCGCUCUGCCUCCAGUUGGAGCUGAGCCGGGAGGCUUUCGAGGCGGAUGAAGCGGCGCGGGCGGAGGCCCUCAUGCGCGAGGUGGGGCUUUUGGAUGAACCAAACCUCUCCGAGCCCGUGCCCGAAGUGAAUGCGGCGGAGUCCGACCUCGUGAAGCAGGCGGAGCGCUUCCUCCUGCCCUUUGCUACAGAUGCCAGCAUGCCCAGUCAGACCAGCACAACUUCUCCGAAUCCUUCGCACGUGACAGCUCCUGGCCAACUUCCAGCGCCACUUCUACUGGACAUCCCAGCACCACAGUCGCCAAGCUCUCCUUUGAUAGACGGAGAGCUACCGCUGUCGCCACAGGAGCCAGGCCAAGCGGAGGAUGCUGGCCAGGAACCGUCCUUUGACGUGGUUCCGCCGCUCGAGCUCAGACCGCCUGCAUCUGGUCAGCCUGCUGCCGAGGCAGCGAUGCAAGAGUCUUCGCAGGAGUCCCCGGAUGGCCGUUCGCCGCCGGAGCUACAGAGAGUCCAUCCUGCGCCUCUGAAGGCCAAGGCUCAGCCACAGGCCAAGACACAGAUUCUCCAUCCUGCAGAGGAGGCGGACGCAGCUCUCUUGCUCCUGCCCCCUGCUGAGCGCAAGCGGAGGCGGAUUGAAUUGCUGACGCAGGCCGAAGAUGAGGCGUUGAUGAAGCGGCAGCUUCAGGAGAAGAUGGCAUGCCUGGCGCAGGCAGCUCGUGGUGAAAUGCCAGAAGGGCACCUGGAAUUGCCAUUUGCUGGACCCGACAUUCAGUGGGACGAGGAGCCAUCUCAUUACGCGACAGACGGCGCCGUUAGAGACCUUGUGGACAGCAUCGAGCAAGAGGAACCGAGGGAAGACGAGCAAAGCCGGCUGCUCUCAGAACUGAAGGCGAAACUGCGUGGCCUGAAGCAACACCUUGAGGCGGACAAAGACUAUCUGCCGAAGCUUGCCUUCACGGUUCACAAGAAGGUGCUGAAUCGAGGACCGCCGGACAAAGUUUCUUACCCGGUCCUCCAGGUGUUCAGCCGGGCCUUCUGUAGCCCCGAGCUGCAGGAAGGCGAGCGCCGCUUGGUUUUCUAUGCGUUUAACGAGCUCUGCCGGCCUUUGCAUAAAGAUCCGCAGAGCACCCGCAGCAAGUACGUCCGCCAUGCCGCCUGGCAGUUCAUGAAGUCCGUGACGACGGUCGAAAUGAAUGACAGAGAGAGGGAUUACUACGUGCGCUUCUGCCGGAAGCACUCCCGCAGCUCGAAUGACGCCUCUUGGAUCUAUCGUGCUGCCGGCUCGUCCCCGACUGAAGCGAAGGGCUAUUGGGAUGAUCUGAUGUCCAAAUGGGAGCUGGCGAUGAGGGGGCGCCAGUCUCUCCAAAGCGUUGAGCAGAAAAAGAACGAUCUGGGAGUGAUUCAAGCGGUGACUGUGAGCACAACGAUCGCCAGCCCCGAUGAUGAGCUCGAUGCGCUCUUGCAUCGCGUGGACGGCAUGGAGCGACGACUGAUCCGGGGCCCACCCUCCGACCGGCUGGAGGGCAUCGCGUCCGCACUGUCCCACGCGCCCGCACGGGCCGCGAAGGUCCACGUGAUGCAGCCCUUCAUGACAUCGCCUGGCAUGGAAGAGUUUCAGCACGGUCUCGGCGUCUUCCUGGGCUACGACGGCCAGGAAGAUGUCCUGUCAGGUGUGACGAUGGCAUACCGGAAAGGAAGUGGCGUCAGCGCAAAGGCCGUUACCUUCCCAGCUUGCCGCGGCUCGGCCUUCAUCACAGCAGAGCUCGGGCCCUGUGUGGACUUGCGGGUGGCCGGGGAUGAUCCAAGGCUAGCCACAACCAAUCUUACGAUCUGCAGCGCGCAGGCGAGUCAUCCAGGAAGGAUGAACGAGUGGAAGUUCUCGGCGUCUGCGACAUUUGGCCAAGGAGACCUAUAG